UUUCUUUCUUUUCUAGAAUCUGUGUGGAAAAUAGAAUUAACCUCACAAUCCAAACUAACAGGAAAUAUAGAAGAAAUAAAAAUAUUUUAUGCAGUGUUUGGCAGUGAAACAAAAUCAUCACAAGGUCUAACUUUAAAGAAAUUAGCUGAUCUCCCCACAUUCUCUGCUUUUACCAAUAUUGGAAAUAUAAGCAUUGGUGAGGUUGAAAUAGCCUUUGAAAACAACAGCAAAUCUAUUGACUUAUCCAAAAUUGUCAUGACAAGAUUACUUACUGGUGAAGAAUAUGGUUGUGCUAACAUACACAAGACAAACUCACCUGAAUAUUCUUGUAAACUCCUGCACAGCAAAAAUUGGCUAUUGAAAGUUAUUUCUCCUGAAGAACACAAACGAAAUUUCACUGUAGAAAUAAUUCAAGACAAGUUAUCUUCUUCCUCUAGAAAAUUCAUAUGGAAUCACUUCUCCGUGUAUGGAGAUAGUUAUAUUAAGCAUUUCAAUCUGAAAACAUAUGAAGAGGGUGAAAUCACAAGUCUAAAACUCCAUUUCUUCCAUCAAAUUCUAAAGAUCAGUGAAAUAAGUUUGAUCGACAAUUACUCAGAGUAUAAGUUCAGAACAAAUGGUGAAAGCAAAAUUCUGAAUAAUUUGGUGAAAGCAUUUUCUCAAAUAACAAAAGAGAAAAUACAUAAUGAUGAAACGAGUCCCUCCAUGGAAACAGAUAUUAGCCUCCUUGCAGUCAUGAUAUUAUUCUUGCUCAGCAUCAACAUCAUCCUCAGUAUCAA